AUGACUCAGAGUGGCCAUACUGAUGCAUUAGAAGAUCUGCACUUUGAAAGAAAUGUUCUCACGGGAGACAAUAAAAGUGGAUCCUCAGAUGAAGAUACCAGAGGAGGGACUCGGAUCACAGCUCUGGGACAACUCAUUCCUUCUUUAAAGCAUCCUCACUGGGUGGAGGUCCUGGGAUUCUCCGAAUCGGCCAGGAAGGAGUAUUUCUACAAAUAUUUCACAGAUGAGGGCCAAGCGAUUAGAGCUUUUACCUCAGUUGAAUCCAACCCGGCUCUCUUCACCAUGUGUCUAAUGCCCUUGGUGUCCUGGCUGGUCUGCACUUGCCUGAAGCAGCAGAUGGAGCAGGAGCAACCACUCUCACUGACCUCCCAGACGACCACAGCCCUCUGUCUGCACUACUUUUUUCAUGUUCUCCAGGCUCAGUCCCUUGGGACUAAGCUGAGGGGCUUCUGCUCUCUGGCUGCUGAAGGCACCUGUCAAGGAAAGACUCUGUUCAGCCCUGAGGACUUCAGGAAACACGGGUUAGACGGGGCCAACAUCGCCACUCUCUUAAACAUGGGUGUUCUUCAAGAGCACCCCACCCCUCGGAGCUACAGCUUCAUUCACCGGUGCUUCCAGGAGUUCUUUGCAGCAAUGUCCUAUGUUUUAGGCGAUAGAGUGUUGGAAAGUGGUCGCUUUAAUAACAUCAAAACUAUAACAGACUUGACAGAUGUAUAUGACAGGCAUGACCUGUUUGGGGAACCAACCACAUGUUUCCUGUUUGGUCUUUUGAGUGAUCAGGGGAUGAGAGAGUUAGAGAGCAUCUUCAAAUGCAGCCUGUCACGGGUGAGGCAUUUCUAUCUGCUGCAGUUGAGGCAGAGGGAAAUUGACUACAAGCAUCGUAACCUUGGGCCAUGUUGUUGGCACAUGCUCCACUGUUUUUAUGAGAAUCAGGACAAAAGGUUUCUGACAGAAAUGAUGUCCAAUUUCUAUGGGAUGAGGAUAUGUGUCCACACUCACAUGGAGCUCCUGGUGUUCACCUUCUGCUUUAAAUUCUGCCAUCACAUGAAGAUGCUUCAACUGAAUGACGGCGGAGAGGAAAAACUAGCUCAAAGGUCUCCUGGUGUAGUUCUGCCUAUUGCCAGGGGUGAUCAGUCUCUGGAACUGCCCCUUUGUUCCCACCACCCUGGGCUAAUUGUUCUCAAAGUCCCUGGAAGCCUGCAGGAGCUGGACCUGAGUGGGAACUCUCUGAGCUGCUCUGCAGUACAGAGCCUUUGUGACGCCCUGGAAAGCCCUCGCUGCCACCUGGCGUCUUUGAGAUUUUUUGUCUUUGCUUCCAUGUCAAUCCCCCAGUACCUGUACAUUUCUGGGGAUCUGGGGGUGUUUGUCUCCCACAGGCUGGCCAACUGCGGCCUCACAGCAGAAGGCUGCAGGGCCCUUGCCCGUGCGCUGAGGACCAAAUGGAGCCUGCUAGAGCUGGACCUGAGCUGCAACAAGCUCCGGGACACCGGAGCCCGGCACCUAUUCCGGGAGCUGAGACAUUCCUCCUGCAAGCUGGAGCGGCUGCUGCUCGUCAGCUGUGGCCUCACAUCUGCCUGCUGCCAGGACCUGGCCUCCAUGCUCAGUAAGAACUAUAUCCGGUUAGAGCUGGACCUGCGGCAGAACCACCUGGGCGACCUCGGUUUGAGGCUGCUCUGUGAAGGGCUCAGGAAGUCUAACUGGUGCCUGGGGCACCUGAGAGAGAGCGGGGAGUCAGGACUACACCCCAGUUCCAGCAUUGAUGGCAGGGUGUAUGGGGGCCAUCAUGAAGACAGGGUCUACGGGAGAAUCUCAGAUGAAGGCAUUGAGUUCAAAUUCAGGCGGUUGAAUUUAAAGGAGAGCUCCCAGCAAGUAGUACAGGCGAAGCCCUUCUGUCUGUCUCCUCCUGAACCCCUGGGGGACUUGCCAGGGAAAUAUAUAGAGACAGAUAAUGACUUCUGGGGCCCCACAGGGCCUGUGGCUCCAGAGGUGGUGGACGAAGACAGGGGUCUGUACCGAGUUCACUUCCCUGUGGCUGGUUCCUACCACUGGCCCAACGUGGGUCUCUACUUUGUGGUGAGAGGGCCAGUGACCAUUGAGAUUGAAUUCUGUGCUUGGGACCAGUUCCUGGACCAGAUUGUCCCACGGCACAGCUGGAUGGUUGCGGGGCCUCUUUUUGACAUCAAGGCUGAACCAGGAGCUGUGGCAGCUGUGUACCUCCCUCACUUUAUAGCCCUUCAAGAGGAACAUGUGGACAUCUCAUGGUUCCACGUAGCACACUUUAAAGAGGAUGGGAUACUUCUGGAGAAGCCAACCAGGGUGGAGCCACGUUACACAGUCCUCGAGAACCCCAGCUUCUCCCCCAUGGGAGUUCUACUGAGAAAGAUCCACACCAGGGGUAGAACCUGCAACCAAGCUACCCGCACAAGACCUCUCAUCUCCAACGUGCUGCUCUACCAUCGCCUCCAUCCUGAGGAAGUCAACUUCCACCUCUACCUAUUCCCCAGUGACUGCACCAUUGAGAAGGUACUCCAAUAG